AUGAAACUCUGGGGGAGUUCAGCGCAGAAACGACACGCUCCUCAUGAAGAUUUCAAGGGAAGCCUUGUUGAUGUUUUGCUUAAUUCCAAGUCACGAGGGGGAUGCAGAUUUAGAGCCUGCUCUUUGGCCAAAGUCAGGCUGCUCACGCAGGCGCUAAGCGUGUAUACUACCACACGGUCGCAUAUUGGUGCCGAGAGCAGUACAGAUCUGGUUUUGAAUGUGGAGGACUUUGAUAUUGAGUCCAAAUUUGAAAGAACAGUGAACGUCUCUGUACCAAAGAAAACCCGAAAUAAUGGCACAUUGUAUGCGUAUGUAUUUCUUCAUCAUGCUGGCAUGUUGCCUUGGCAUGACGGUAAGCAGGUGCACAUAGUAAGCCCUCUGACCACAUACAUGAUCCCUAAACCAGAGGAGAUUAAUUUGCUCACUGGAGAAUCAGCCACACAGCAAAUUGAAGCAGAAAAGCAGACCAGUGCUCUAGAUGAACCUGUCUCUCACUGGAGGUCAAGAUUAACCUUAAAUGUCAUGGUGGAAGACUUUGUGUUUGAUGGGUCGUCCCUCCCUGCUGAUGUUCACCGUUACAUGAAGAUGGUUCAGUUGGGGAAGACAGUGCAUUACCUUCCAAUAUUAUUUAUUGAUCAGCUAAGCAACAGAGUGAAAGAUUUGAUGGUUAUAAAUCGUUCAACAACAGAGCUACCUCUUACAGUGUCAUAUGACAAAAUAUCUCUUGGAAAACUCCGAUUUUGGAUCCACAUGCAAGAUGCUGUGUACUCCCUCCAACAGUUUGGGUUUUCCGAAAAGGAUGCAGAUGAAGUAAAAGGAAUUUUUGUUGAUACUAAUCUGUACUUCCUGGCUUUGACAUUCUUUGUGGCAGCAUUCCAUCUUCUCUUUGAUUUCCUUGCAUUCAAAAAUGACAUAAGUUUUUGGAAGAAAAAGAAGAGCAUGAUUGGGAUGUCUACAAAAGCAGUGCUUUGGCGGUGCUUCAGUACUGUGGUGAUAUUUCUUUUCCUUUUGGAUGAACAAACAAGUUUAUUGGUACUGAUCCCAGCAGGCAUUGGUGCAGUGAUUGAGCUCUGGAAAGUGAAGAAAGCUUUGAAAAUGACAAUCAAGUGGAAAGGCUUGAGACCCAAAAUUCAGUUUGGUACAUGCAGUGACUCUGAAAAGAAAACUGAGGAGUAUGAUACCCAGGCAAUGAAAUACUUGUCCUAUUUGCUCUAUCCAUUGUGUAUUGGAGGUGCAGCUUACUCCUUGCUGAAUGUCAAAUACAAAAGCUGGUACUCCUGGUUGAUUAACAGUUUUGUCAAUGGAGUGUAUGCUUUUGGUUUCCUGUUUAUGCUGCCCCAGCUAUUUGUAAACUACAAGAUGAAAUCUGUUGCACACUUACCAUGGAAGGCUUUCACAUACAAAGCAUUCAACACCUUUAUUGAUGAUAUCUUUGCUUUUAUCAUCACUAUGCCAACAUCCCAUAGGCUGGCGUGCUUUAGAGAUGAUGUUGUGUUCCUGGUCUAUCUUUACCAAAGAUGGCUUUAUCCUGUGGAUAAGAGCAGAGUGAAUGAGUAUGGAGAAUCCUAUGAAGAAAAGCAAAAAAAAAAAGCUCACAGAGAAUAACCAGGAAUUGCAGAAUAUUCUGACCCCUGGACUGCUACUGGCUUCGUGUAUUAUUUGGUCUUAAGGAAAGAAAAACUUAUUUAAUAAGAGUAUUUUUAAAGCAUAUGACAGAACUACAUGGACAAUACAUCUUCUAUAUUGCCAAAAUCUAGUUUUGAUAUCCUCCUGUUUCAAGAUCCUCUUUUGUCCUCACAAGGUCCACAGUCUGUCAGAUGUCAUUAAAUAAACUACCUGCAUUUAAACUUAUCUUCGGUGAAAACCUGAGUAUCCCAACUAUCAUAAUUAAUAUCCAAAUGUAUGUUUUAAAGACAAGUCACUAACUGGAAGAGUGGUGCCCAUACCACUAGGCUAUGAAAAAACAGUGUGUUACAGCAGAAUCAAGCAUUCUUGCCAAACUGGAGGCUAUAAAAAAUACAAUUUAUAACAUUGG